AUGGCCAUCUCGCACGACCCCGUCACCGCAGCGCCCACCGGCAUCGAUAUCGAGGCGUGGACAGUCGAACAGGCCGCCGAGGCGCUGCAGGCCGCAUCCAUCUCGACGCCGACCCCUCCCAGACCCCGCGCCAACGUCACGAUAGAGAUUCCGCUGGACGACGAUGCUCUCGCUGCCGCCAAUGCCAUGGCCACUGCUCAACCGCGAUCAAAGCAAGAAGUCCACACUGUAUACAAGAGACAAGCGCCCGUCCGCCGCGACAGCUUGAAACGCCGCGAAGCCUUGCUCAAGGGCAAAGAGGGCAGUCGUCGCAGACAGAGAUGGGAGAACGAUCGUCUGCUCAGCAACCCUUACGCUCAACCUCCUCUCCCUAGCGAUUGGGAGGUCCGUCCUACGUACCCUAUCCACAGCGUUCCGUACUUCCUCGCCCCGUUGUGGGAUGCAGAGUACAAGGCCAAGGCUCAGGCCAAGGUGACUACUCGUCGUGCCAACAACGUUGGCGACACACGCGCACACGGAUCCAAGGAAGAGCAGGCUGCAGCCCGAGUACCGCGUGAGCUGCGCGAGAAGCUCAAGAAGGGUCGCGGUGCGAAGAACAUGCUGCGCGACCUUGAAGAGGAGGUUAGAAGUUUCGUACGGCAAUGGUCGUCCAAGGAGCGCCAGAUGGCUGAGGACGGCCUGGUCGAUGGCGACAGCGAAGACGAGGAGAUUGUGUUUGUCGGUCGUAAUGGCGCAAUGAGCGAUGAUCGCAAGCGCUCCAAGAGCGAUCUAGCAAGGGAGCGCAUGAUCCUCGAGAGUCUUGCUGAUGACCAUAAUGCUGCAUUCGGACGCUGGCUUGUACAUUCUAUCGCGACUUAUUACGGCUUGGAGACGUGGUCAGUCACCAAGGGCAGUCCAGCCCGUCGCGAGGCCUACGUAGGCCUCAAGCACAAGACCGCCCCAGCGUUCGAGGAGCUACCACGUCCUCUGUAUGUUCUUGUCUGA